UUCCAGGCUGCACUUCAUGGGAGCAGUGGAUCUUAUUCGACUUUACCUGCGCUUCACAUGCAGCUGAUUUGCUCUGCAAACUGGAAAAACGCACUGACACUUCUGACAGGCUUUUUUGUCCCUCUUCAGUGUCUAAACCUCAACUUGUCAAAUCCACACAGCAGGUGUCAACAUGCUGGAGCAGGUUCUGUCGUUCAGCCGCUCCCUGGUGCGCAGGAAAGUGGUCGACAUGAACAACCUGGAGGACUCCAAGUUGUGCCGCUGCCUAGGAACCGUCGACCUCAUCGCCCUGGGAGUUGGCAGCACUCUGGGCGCCGGUGUCUACAUCCUGGCCGGAGAGGUGGCCAAAGGCGACUCUGGACCCAGUAUAGUGAUCUCCUUCCUAAUCGCUGCCUUAGCGUCCGUUAUGGCCGGUCUGUGUUACGCUGAGUUCGGUGCACGCGUCCCCAAAACCGGCUCUGCUUACCUUUAUAGCUACGUGACUGUUGGAGAGAUCUGGGCCUUCAUCACUGGGUGGAACCUCAUCCUCUCCUAUGUGAUUGGUACCUCCUCAGUUGCCAGGGCUUGGAGUGGCACAUUUGAUGACAUGAUAGGAGGCCACAUCGAGGUUUUCUGUAAGACGUACUUCAGCAUGAACUCUCCUGGUCUGGCUCAGUACCCGGACUUCUUUGCCGUCUGCCUGAUACUGCUGCUUUCUGGACUCCUGUCGUUUGGGGUGAAGGAGUCAGCCUGGGUCAACAAAGUCUUCACUUCAGUCAACGUGCUUGUACUGUUGUUCGUCAUCAUUUCUGGUUUCGUCAAAGGAGAUUCGGCGAACUGGAAGAUAUCUGAAGAAUCCCUCGUAAAUUUCACCAUAGUUAAACGGAACCUGUCGGUGACGACCAAUGUGACCAGUGAUUAUGGAGUAGGAGGAUUUAUGCCUUUCGGGUUCAGUGGGACCUUAGCUGGAGCUGCCACUUGCUUUUACGCUUUUGUCGGAUUUGACUGCAUUGCAACCACAGGCGAGGAGGUGAGGAACCCUCAGAAAGCCAUUCCCAUCGGCAUCGUGGUGUCGCUGACCGUGUGUUUCCUGGCGUACUUCGGUGUGUCAGCUGCGCUCACACUGAUGAUGCCUUACUACCUGCUGGACGAGAAGAGCCCUCUGCCCAUGGCUUUUGAGUAUGUGGGCUGGGGCCCUGCCAAAUAUGUGGUCGCUGCAGGUUCACUGUGUGCCCUCUCCACCAGUCUGCUGGGCUCCAUUUUCCCCAUGCCUCGUGUAAUCUAUGCUAUGGCACAGGAUGGUGUGCUUUUCAAAGUCUUAGCCCGAAUCAAUCCUAAGACGAAGACCCCACUUAUUGCCACUAUGACCUCCGGUGUAGUAGCAGCCAUCAUGGCGUUCCUGUUUGACCUGAAGGCGCUGGUUGACAUGAUGUCCAUUGGAACUCUGCUGGCCUACUCGCUGGUCGCUGUGUGUGUACUGAUCCUCAGGUACCAGCCCGAUGGAGCCAUGGAGCGGCGGGCAGGCCCCGGUGAAAGGGACUAUCUCUCCUCUGAGGAGGGGGAGUCUGACCUCACAGAGUCUGAGUCUCACCUUAACAUGCUGAAGGGGGGCAGCUCCACCCUGCAGGCCGUCCUGCACCCGCCUGCCUCUCCCUCUGAGCAUUCCUCCAGCGUGGUCAACAUGUCUGUCUGUGUGCUCGUGCUGGUAGUGUGCGUGAUGAGCUAUCUCACCACGUACCACAUCUACAACAUCCUCGAUUUGGAGGGAUGGAUCCUGGCCUCACUAUUCGUGUGCCUGCUCAUCUUCAGCGGCUGCGUGUUCAUGGUCUGCAGGCAGCCUCAGACCACCAAGAAGGUCUCCUUCAUGGUUCCCCUUCUGCCUUUUCUGCCAAUUGUGAGCGUAUUUGUCAAUAUUUACCUCAUGGUGCAGCUGAGUGGAGAUACCUGGAUACGUUUCUCUGUGUGGAUGGCUGUGGGCUUCUUGAUCUACUUUGGCUACGGCAUGUGGCACAGUGUUGAGCGCCAGCGCAAACUCCAGGGCCCUUCAAACAGCAACAACCAGGAACACAAGAAGGCCGGCGGGGAGAAGCAGGCGGUAGGAGAAAAAGACCAGGAGGGUUUCAUCUGCCCAGAAAAAACCAGCCAGUGUUAAAAGUAAAAGACUCUGUGAGGCGACAGAUGCAUAAAAGCAAACCGCAGCUCUGCCUUGAUGCACCUGUUCAUACAGCUUCACCAUGUGUGCCUCAGUCUCAAGCGUCAGUUCUCUGUAUCAGGGGCAGCAUGAUGCUGAGCUGCUGCAUCACUGAGAUGGAAACACAUCCUGUAGAUCACAAUGCGCUUUAUGGACAGCAUGGAGGCAGAAAUAAAAGGACAGGUAACACACUGGAGAGUGAUGUUCAUUUACUUUAACAGUGAAUCAGUCGAUUGAAGACUGCAGCGACACUUUCUCUUUCUUUAUGGACUUGUUAGUGCAUGAAACACUUUUUGUCUUUUCUAUCAAUCUUUGUAUUUGUUAUCUUCAGAAGCCCAGGGAGGCAAGUGAGAAAAGGAAAUUCUGGUGAUUCAUUUUCUAAGUCGAUCUAAAUGUUUUUUUCUGGUAAAGGGUGGAACAAAAGUUGUCAUGUUAUAAAUUCCUCUAAAAAAUCAAUGAUAGCCGGGGAAAAACGUAUUGGGAGGUUUUGUGUGUUUUAUGUUUGUUUGUUUGUUGUUGUAAUAUCUCUUUCGUAAUAUGGAUUGAUUAUCCUAGCCAAACCUUUUUUCCCACCUUUUCCUUAAGUCAUAAACAUAAAUGAAAACCAAUUUAGAUCGGACUUGGAAAAUUAACCACCAAAUGUUUAUUUCUUUUGUCGUCACACUUGCAUAUUAGGGCUUCCGUAUCGUCAGGCAUGUACAUGUGGGUUUUUGAAUGUGAAAUCUGUGUUAUCCUUUCAUUGCUCCAGAGUAUUAUUAUUAGAUUUUGAUACACCAAUUAUGUACUACUAUUAAAAGUGACGUUAGUUUUUGGUAGAAGGACUCGUUGUUCUUUGACAUAAGUGUAGGAUGAUGAAAAAGUAGCAGCGUUAGCUUUAAUGCCCAUCAUCAUAAGGUUAAAAUAUAUUAUAGAACUGUUUUGUGCAUAAUUGUUUUAUAUGCAUACAUUUGAAAUGUUUAUAUAUGUAUAAAAAGAUCAGCAUUU